ACUCCCGUUCGACUGAAGAUCUGUCAUCGUGUCAUCUAUUAUGUAGUGCUGUCCUUGAAAAAAACAGAGUAAAUAUUUUCAUUACUUUGUUCACUAAUGUGACAUGUGACCGGUCUCUAGCAAUAGUAAAGACGAAGUAACAUGGACCCAAAUCAUGAUAAACAAAUGUUUGGAAAUGAAAACGUCGCUGAUAGUUGUGAAAAUAAUGUGGACAAAGCAGUUAUCGAUGGCGACAUCGAUGCUGAUGACGAAUUCUAUUUUGAGUCGGAUCAUUUAGCUCUGAGGGGAAAUAAAGAUUAUCUAAAUCUUUUGAAGACAAUUGCAAUACUUGAAGCACAAAGAGUUAAAGCUAUUAAGGACAUUGAUGACCUGCUCGCAGUCAAGAAAGCGGCGCUACAGGAUCCGAUGAUGUUUAUCGAGAAGCUCCAGAAAGGUGAAGACAUUGGAGUCCCAGCGCCACAAGUUAUAGCAGAGUUGCCGGACAUCGACUGGAGCCAGUACGAGGUGGCGUUCCUGAACGAGGCGUGUCGCUCGCAGACGCGCAAGAACAUGGGCAAGCCCCAGCCGGGCGGCGGGGACACCGCUGACCUGGAGACCUGCGACCAGAAGUCAAGGUCGAGGGUGCUCGUGCGAGGCCGCGAGUUCGACGACAGCAAGCCGGAAACUUUCAACCAGCUGUGGACGACCGAAGAGCAGCGUCGCCUGGAGGAAUUGUUGAUCGAAUAUCCCCCGGAAGAAAAAGAAACUCGUCGCUGGAAGAAAAUUGCAGCAGCGUUAGGUAACAGAACUCCAACCCAGGUCUGCAGUAGAGUCCAGAAGUAUUUCAUAAAACUGCAGAAAGCGGGAUUGCCGGUCCCUGGAAGGCAGCCGAAGGCUUCUGGCGUCUUCGAAGGAAGGAAGAGCAGUCACCGCCACCAGCGACACAACCAUUUUUUGAUGCGGCCGACCACUUUCUUCCCGUCCCACAACGUUCCGGUCUACAUGACGGACUCUGACGACGUCCAGAUGGCCGGUCAGGGCUUCCCCGCUCAGGAAGAAGAUGCGCUGGCGACGGACGAAUACCUGACGGAUGAAGACAUGGCUGUGGACAAGAUUGCUCAGAGCUCAGCAGAGAUGCAGCUGGAGUUGCUGAGGAGAAUCAAGACUGUCAAGGAGGAGAACAAAGUGUUUGUGAAGCACAUAGGUUUUAAGUGCGACUACUGCGCGGAGGAGCCGAUCGUGGGCGUGCGGUGGCACUGCGCGACGUGCCGGCCGCCCGGCUCCGUCGACUUCUGCACGGACUGCGCGGUGUCGCAGCUGUACUCGCCGGCCCCCCACCCUCCGGCCCACCGCCUGGUUGCCGUGCCCGGGCCGGGCCGGGGCGUGUGGGACCAGGACUACUCGCCCCUGUCCUUCGGCCAGGUCUCCAGCUACAACUACCUCGACCCCAACUUCAUGCCGGAGUGACGCCGCUUUCCCCACGAGUCCAUGUCAGUUUUGUAAAAUAAAAAAAAAAUAAAUAAAAAAAAAUUU